CACCAGCUUCACCAAGGACCAAAAGUAAAUAGUCAAUAUGUACAUCCUACCCGAGCUGUCAUGAUGAAACGUUUUACCCACAUUUAUAACCUCCUGCUGUAGUGUUUAGCGUCUCCGCCACUCCCAUGGAAGCCUGAAUAUGUGGACACCGACCAAGAACCAGAAGUUUGGCGUAGCAAUCCACAAUUUUCACCAUGAUGCCAUCCCACAAACCCUUCACCUUGAUGUUGGGGAGACGGUGCAGGUGUUGGAGGAGUGUGCAGGAUGGUAUAGAGGAUUUUCAACACGAAACAGGAACGUAAAGGGUAUAUUUCCUGCACAGUUCAUCCACCUGAAACCUUGCAGGAUUGACAAUGAAGGGUUGUAUGAGACAGUGACCCCUCUGGAGGACCCGGUUGUUCAAGAGGCAGCAUCAGUCUUACGAGAAUGGGGACAAAUAUGGAAAAGCCUAUAUGUACAACUGGCAACUUCAAAUGGGGAACAGGAGUUAUGGGAUGCUGUCCGCAAGGCCAUGAUGGAUGUGGCCGAUUGGCGGAAGCAGCUCAUCACUGGGACCCUGACAUCAGACCAGAUAACUCAACUUAAGCUGAAAAUCACAAGGAAAAUUGAUUGGGGGAACAGGAAGCUUGGGCUGGACCUGGUGCCGAGGGUGGAGGGUGAGAUGGUGGACCCAGACACCGUGAGUGUGGUGGAGCUCCAUCGUGUGCAUGCUCAGAGUGCAGAGGCUUCCCAGGCACACUCUCAGGGGCUUGGUACUCUGGCUAAGAAGAAGGAGAAGAGGAAGGUGCUAAGCCAUCACCUAUUUUUUUGUAUGCGAGAUUUUUCGUACCAUUUAGGAGAAGAUGCAGAAGUAUUUUUUUCUUUAUAUGAUUCACAGAAAGGGAAGUUUAUCAGUGAAAGAUUUCUAGUCAAGCUUUCAAAGGAAGGAUUUUCUAAUUAUGUAGAAAAAAUUCAUUCCAACUGCACCAUAUUUACAGACCUGGGAAGUGGCGAUCUUAUAUCAGAUUUAUACAUUGUUGCCCAUGUUGUGAGAGUUGGAAGGAUGCUCUUCUCAGAGUCUGUAAAGAAGAUUUCAUCGCACAAUUACAGAAGACCUUAUGGAGUGGCAGUAUUUCGAUUAGCCCAGUCAGUGUUACAAGGAGGCGAGGGAGAGGUUGAGCUCACUGGCAAACUUUUUACAUCAGAUGAAAAGGAUUUUUGGCAACUGCCAGAUUUAAUUGUCAAAAAGCAAACUGGGAAAUGUAACAUUAUGUCCAAUAAUGCUAGUUAUGGUUUGGUGGUGAGUGUCAAAAUGGUCCAUGGAGAAUUGGAACAAGCCACCAAGGAAAAUCCCCUAUUGCUCAAGAAUGUUUGUGUUACCAAAAAACUUGGCUUCUCUGAUGUCAUUAUGCCUGGUGAUGUUAGAAAUGAUUUGUAUGUGACCUUGAACAGCGGAGAGUUUGAGAGAGGAGGCAAAUCAGUGGGUAAAAACAUUGAAGUGUUGGUGCUGGCGCUGGAUGCUGAUGGACACCCACUGCAGUGUAUAUACAGUGGCAUGGGCCAUGAAGGGACGACAGAGCAUUCUUCCAUGAUUAUGUACCACAACAAUUCUCCAAGAUGGAAUGAGCGUCUGAAAGUUGCCAUCCCUAUUGACCAGUUUGCAGGAGCUCACCUCAGAUUAGAAUACAGCCAUUGCUCAACAAGGGAAAAGAAUGAGAAGAAAUUUUUUGGAUUCUCCUUUAUACGUCUAAUGGAUGAUGAGGGUGGGACAACACUCCGUGAUGGCUCCCAUGAGCUGUGUGUGUACAAGUGUGAUGAGCGGUCCCGCCUUGCCGACCCUAUGGAGUACCUCACCAUGCCUUACCUUUCAAAGGCUGCAGCUGAUUGCGUUUACUCAUUACCCUUCCAGCGAUCUCCAAAAGAAAGCAUUAUCAUAGAUACUCUUCUGUGCUCAACCAAACUUACUCAAAAUGUUGAUCUUCUGUCCCUAUUGCGAUGGCGAUCAGCUCCUGAGGGCAUUGGUGAGACUCUCUCCAGGUUGACGCGGGUUGAUGGUGCCGAGACAGUAAAGUUCCUACAAGAUGUGCUUGAUGCACUGUUUGCAAUGUUCUCAACUGAUGAUGGGAAUUCCACUCAGUAUUCAGGCCAUGUCUUCCAGGCCCUGGUCUUCAUAUUUAGUCUCUUAGAAGACAGUAAGUUUGAGCAUUUCAAGCCUGUUAUGGAUGCCUACAUAACAGGACAUUUUGCUGCUGCCCUAGUUUACAAAGGUCUUAUUAGCUGUGUUAAGCACUUAUCAGACCUGUGCCCUCAGACAGAAAAACAGGAACCCAUCAUGAGAUGUUUUCGUUCCCUUGAAUACAUUUUUAAAUUCAUCAUCCAGUCAAGAUUACUCUUUGCACGAGCAACAGGAGGACAAAAUGAAGAUUCCUUCAGAGUUGAUGUGGACUCACUGGUGGACUCAUUUGCUCGCAUGCUAAACAUGAACCUUGAUAAUAUUGAGGCAUCCCAGAUGACUCUGUUGGAACAUCUCCAAGGAACAUGUGAUCAGCUGAGCAGAGUUUUAAGUCCAGGAGAAGUGGCCAAUCAUAUCAAUACUCUGUUUAAUGCUACUCCAGUGGAAAGCUCCAGGAUAAUCACAAGAGCCAAGCUUCAUGCCAUGAAAAAUGCUGUUAACUCUACAAUCUUUGAUGAUGAUGAGGGGCGAGGGCUGCUCCUGCAGACCAUCUGUACACACUUGAGGCAGCACUUAGACAACCGGCAGGAGCUCUCCCUAUGUGCUGAUGUCAUGCAGGAUAUAAUUGUUCUCACCCACAAACACACCAAAAGAUAUCCAUCCAAUAAGUUACCAGUAACAUUGCAUCAAGAUAUUGAAGAGAUAAUGCUGACCUUGUUUGAUGUUUCGGUCCAAGUCAUAUUGAACCUGGAAAGAUCUGCACCCAGCUCAGGUGCAAGUACUUUAAAGCCAGGAGCGAUGGGUCUAACGCAGCUUCUCUCAGCCUUGAAGACCACUUUUGUCCCCACACAAGCCUCCCUAGUCUUGGGCAGCUUGUGUGUCAACCUUUCCGUGCAGGAUGACAUACGGGGGUCUUUGGUGGCUUCCCUCAUGGGCAUCCUACAGUUAAUGCGAGAACCGCACUACACCAAGCUGUGGGAUGCUCACAUGACCUCAGGAAUGCACCACCUGCGCCACCUCCUCCACUCAACUAUCAUUCUCCUUGCUGAUCUUGUGCGAGCAGCUGUCUUUCCUAGUGACUGGUUUGUCAUGCGCAUGGUCACUAACUACACCAUCCUUGCCGCCAUGCAGGAGAUUGCUCAACCUCUCAUUGCCACAUUUUUGAAACAAGGAAGAUUUGAUAAUCAGCUGUGGAGCAGUUACUUGAACCUGGCUGUGGGGUUUCUAACUCAGCCAUGCCUACAAUUAGAACAAUUCUCUCAGCAGAAACGACAUAAAGUACUGGAACGCUAUAAUGACAUGAGAGUUUUGAUGGGAUUCCAAAUUCUCUCAAUGUGGCGUGAAUUAGAUGAUCAUCGUCUCCACUUUAUCCCUGGCAUGGUUGGCCCUUUCCUUGAAGUUACUCUGGUACCUGAGCCAGAACUUAGAAAAGCCACCUUACCCAUCUUUUUUGACAUGAUGCAGGCUGAACAACAGGCUAAGGGUAGCUUUAAACAGGUUGAAACAGAACUGAUAGAUAAGCUGGACAUCCUAGUGAGUGAGAACAAGGGUGAUGAUGAGUACCGUCAGCUGUUCAACACCAUGGAGCAUUUAAGUGCUGUUCUGUUGGAGAGAGUACGCUCCAAUGACCCAGUGUGGCGGGAGAGUGGCACAGCCUUUAUCAAUUCUGUGACACGACUGCUGGAGAGGCUGCUUGAUUACCGCAAUGUGAUGCAGGGGGAUGAGAACUGUGACAAGAGGAUGAGCUGUACAGUAAACCUCUUGAAUUUCUACAAGAAUGAAAUCAACAGGCAAGAAAUGUACAUCCGCUACAUCUACAAGUUGCAUGACCUGCAUGUCCCAGCUGGAAACUUCACAGAGGCUGCCUUCACCCUGCAGCUGCAUGCCAACCAGCUGUCGUGGACACAGCGGAUGCUCCAUGCAGACCACCUCUACCCUGCACAGACAGAAACACAGCGCAAGGAACUGAUAUACAUGAAAAUAAUUGAAUAUUUUGACAAGGGAAAGUGCUGGGAGCAAGGCAUUCCACUGUUGGAGGAACUAGCAAACCAAUACAGGACAUGCCUCUUUGAUUACCAAAAACUGAGUGGGGUACUGAAAAGACAGGCAAACUUCUAUGAAAAGAUCCUGAGUGGCAAUCGCUAUGAUCAUGAGUAUUUUCGUGUUGGAUUUUAUGGUCUUGGAUUGCCACUCUUUGUCAGAAAUAAAGUCUUCAUAUACCGAGGACAAGAGUAUGAGCAAAUAGGAGCCUUUACACAGCGGAUUCAGACAGAGUUUCCCCAGGCAAAGAUGCUGUCCCAUAAUACACCUCCAGAUGACACAAUACGCUCCUCAGAUGGCCAGUACAUUCAGAUCUGUGCAGUGAAAGCCUUGCCGGAGAUCAACCCGCUGUUUGAUGGUGUAGAAGUGGAUGAGCGGAUCCUCAAGUAUUACUACAACAACCAUGUGAGGCAGUUUGUGUAUGACAGGCCAACCCACAGAGGCCCAGCAGACAAAGAUAAUGAAUUCAAGAACUUGUGGAUAGAAAGAAUCACUUACACAACAGAGUUUGAGCUGCCUGGCAUCUUGAAGUGGUUUGAGGUGGUGGAGCAGAGAAUGGAGCAGCUCUGCCCCCCACAGUAUGCCUGUGAGACAGUAGACAGACAUACCAAGCAGCUGAGGCAGAUCAUAAUCCACUACAGGGCUAAUCCUCAGGACAACAUCCAGCCCUUCACCAUGAGGCUCCAGGGUACAAUAGAUGCUGCUGUCAACGGGGGAAUUGCCAAGUACCAAGAUGCAUUCUUUGGGCCAGACUACCUUGUGGUCUACCCAGAAAAUGCAGAUCAUGUUAAUAGACUCAAGGUUCUUCUCUCGGAUCAGACGAUGAUCCUUGAAGGUGCCUUAGAUCUUCAUGGCAGAAUCGCCCCGGCAGCCAACCAACCUCUUCACAGGCGCCUUGUUGAGGUGUUUGAGGGUCUGAGAACUAAAGUACGGAAGAUGUGCUCCACACCUCAGUCCCAGCGAUCCUCCUCAUCAUUGCAGUCCACACCUCCUCCACCACCCACACACCGCCGUGCAGACUCAGACCCUGCCACUGAAUUCAGGAGAACAGGUUCAAUUAUCAAUUCCCCUCUGCCUCCAUUACCAUCUGACAAAGGUGCAAUUAGUUUAAGUUCCUCCUCCACCUCGGGACACUCCUCCCAACGAUCCUCACAGUCCUCGUCCCUCUAUGCACACUUCCACUCCGCCUCCCAUGAUGAUGAACUCUACGCCAAACCUCAGGAAUGGGACGGAAAUAUGGGAGUGCAGCGAGAGUCCAGGCCACGCUCAGCUUUUAUAUCAGACAGCCGGGGAUCUUCACCAAAGUCACUGUCAAAGUCCCUCAAUAAUGACUACAUGAUCGUCCCUCCACCCAAGUCCAGUGAUGAAAGUCAGAGAUGGCGGCAUUCUCGCCCACCAAGUCCCCGCACUUCCCGCAGCUCUGGGAUUCAGGACUCUUUGAACUCCUCGUGGUGUGACUCACAGGGCUCAGAAGAGUCGUUGCCUCCCUUGCCUCCCAGAGUUGGGGAGCGACCAGCCAGGUCUGUAAGUCUGGGUGGAGAGGAUGAAGCACCUCCACCUGUGCUUCCCAAGAGGAUGGGCAAGAAGUGUCCGUCAUCUGCCAUGUUUGGGUGUGAGCAACUCGUGGGUGAUGGUGUGGAUGGACUCGGCUGUAGUGGCGGUGGCCUUAGUAACGGCUUUCCUGCCUCCACCCCUGGCACCCCUCCGCUGGUCUCCCCACGCAACCACCGCACCCCACCACCACCACCUAUACCCCCCAAAGCCAUUUCAACUCCUCUCACACCACUCUCUCCACCCACUGGCUUCUCCCUUAAUACUUCAGCUGAAGAUUUAACUCCAACUACACCAACUAAUGUAAGCAUGAGGAACCUUGAUGAGCUGCAGCACAACCUCCUUGACAACUACUCAGUUCCUCCCCGUCUGCAGCCUCCUCCCCCUCCCUCUCCAUAAAACUGUUGACACAGCAGUUUUAUUUCUGUUGUUCCUUCCAUUUGCCAUUUCCCUGAUCUGUUCUUGACAGUUUCUCAAUUGUACAUGUUUUUCUGUUUCUAAAUUAAGUAGAUUUGGUGAUUGUUUAUUUUCUUAAAUAAUUUGAAAAUUAUGUCAUAUGUUACAAUAUUACAAUUAUAUGAAGAAAUUCAGCUGAAUAUCAAUAUGCUCCAACAUACCAAUACUUUUCUAAGUGUAUAUGGUCUGUGGGUUAUGCUGUAGUCCACUCUUAUUUAACUUUGCUAACAUUCACCAUAACAAUUUUUUUAAUCUUUAAUUAUAGUUAAAACAAAUGCCAACAUUAUUGAAAGAAUUAUGACUCACAUACUGCUGGCUCUUAUCCCAUCAGUAUUUAAAGAGACUUAAAGAAAGUUUAUUUAAGCAAGAAAAUAAUCUAAAUCAAAUGCUUGCAGUUCAUAAUUAUAUACGUGUGACAUUUAUACAUGGCAAUAAUACAAUCAUUCAUUUAUGCAUUCAAUAGAUAUGAAAUGUUAUUACACUUCAAAUUUUGUAUGCAAAUAUGCAAAAGCAUAUAUCUAUAUAUAUAUUUGAUUUUUAUGAUUUCUCAAUUUUAAAUGAUAAGUUUUGUGGCAUAGUCAAGAUAGCAUAUUAUAUUUGAGUUGUGCUAUUUGUUGCUGGACACACUUGUUCAUAUUUUAUUCUCACUAUUAUUAACUUAUUUUUGUUGAUUCCUAAGUUUAGAACAGAUUAUAUAUACAUACAUAUAUUUUUAUUCUAUACCUGUCAACUUUUGCUUCCCUUUCUCUUUAUUUAAAGGCUUAAUUGUGGUAUGUUUCUCUUGGUGUUGCACUAUAGCAUACCCUACAACAGCUAACAAAGGUUCUGGUCUGAUUCCCUUUAUGUAUAUAUUAUUCUUUCUUAUGAGUGACUGGAUAUAAAUAAUUACUUUGCAUAUCUUUUCUGUGUGCAAAUACUUGAUAAUUUUCACUAAUUACUCCUCUUUUCACCAUGUUCCUGUUUAACCCAUUGUUGUUGUCUUGAACAGCUUUAUUUGUCAUUAGUUAAUAGUUGUAUAAAUGUAGUAUAACAUUAUUAUUAGAAGUGUGCUUAACUUUUCAAUCACAUUUGACCCAAAUUGUGUAUACAAGAAAGGCCUCAAUGAAAAUAUUAAUGUUGCAAAGUUAAUGGCAGAAAAUAUAGUAAUAUAUCUUUUAUUUAUCAUAGAGGAAAGCAUUGUACCAUAUGCUAGACUAGAAGUUUUUUUUUUUGUUGAUAUAGAUUGUUUUUCCUCAUAUCAUUUUAUAAUUCAAACAAGUUUAAUAUUUCCAAAGUUUUUUUUUUUCAGUAUCCAGUUUAACAGACUGCUGGAAAUUUUAUAUGCAAAGAUUUAUCAACAGAAAUUUGCAGUUUGUAGUUAAUUUGGUAUUUAACUGUGUUCCACAAAUACUGAGGCUUGCAAAUCAUAAAAAACAUCUGUCAUACUUUUCAAAUCAACAUAAGCAUAUCAAGCCACAGUUGUCCCAGGGCUAAUAGAGGGUUUUCUGAAACAAAAAAAUAUGUAAAGUUGUGUAAAUACUUUAAAAUGUCUAUAUAAAGUACAACUUAGCAUUACUGGUGUUCUUGGAUUCUUUAAGUCAUAGAUACAAUUGAGGCUCAACCUUGUAUAGUAAUAUCAGGUAAAACCCAUGAUGAGUGUUUUAUCUAUUUUGAUAGUACUUUCAAGUAGACAAUAAAAUUAAAGGAUCAAAUUAACCAAGCAGUUGAUUAUUAUGGAUUUUCAGAGUGGUGCAAAUCAUAAACAUAUCAGAUAUACAAUAAUCUAGAUUUUACUAUCUGAAAUGUGAAUUAACUGUUUGUCCCUUUUAGCUUUAUAUAUCAGUUACCUCCACAGAUAGUAAGAUUGAAUAUGUUAGGGAGAACCUGUCAUAUUCAGAAUAUAGUGCUGCAUACCAUAGGUAUCUGAAGUAUGCAUGUACAGUAGUUAGUAGCAUGAUACGAAUCUUCUGUAAUGAAGACAUUGUAUGUAAUUAUACAGGACUAUAUUACUAUAUACAUAUUUGCAAAUGAUAUUAUUUCUUAGAUCUGAGAGGUACUUGCCCAUAAUACCAUAGCAUUUUUUUUUUUUUUUUCAAGAACAACUUGAGUCUAGUCACUUCAGAAGACAAGCUGGGCAAAGUGUAUGGCUAAUUUAGAGAUUUAGUAUGCAAAACUGCAUAAUCUUGGGGUAUUUCAGUCUAGGAUUACCCUUUACAUAACUGGUUCUUUAAGAAAAUUAAUUCUGAUGUACUAGUGUAAAGUAGUGCAUAUGUUUCCUGCUUCUUCAUUCUUUUAAUGUAUUUUUUUAGUGCAUUUAUUGAAAAUUAUUUCUAUCCUAGAUCAAUAUGAUAUGAUGGAGCAGUUCUGCUUUUUCAGAUUCAAAGUUUGAUUAAAAGUGCAUUUACCAUCAGCAACUUGCUUUACAUUACAUCAUUCUACAUGAUGAAAUAUUUGACUAUCAGUUUUGUACAGCCUAUAGAGAAUCAGUAAAUGGAGCUUUAUAAGUCAACAGUCCUUAUGUAAUGUAAUGUAGAAACAUAUUAAAGAAAGCUACCCUGGUUGCCUCUUAUAUUGAACACCUUUAUUUUUUUAUGAUUUUAUAAUUUUCUAAGCAGCAGAGCAGGACAGGUGCUGUUGGUAGACAUAAGAUACAUCAAGUUUAACAUAGGUAAUAAAUAGCACUGGUUUUACAAGUAUUUAGUAAUAAAUGUUAAGAAAUUAUACUUUUUCCAGCAGUUGCAUAAUAUUCUGACAACCAUCCCAGGCUAAUACAAAGUUGCUACUUGCCUUAGUUUAUGCCUAUAUAGAAUUAUUGAUGUUUUGUUCUAGCUUUUUGAGGGUUAAAACUCCCAAAAAUAUAGUUUUGCAUGAAGUAAUUACAAUUAUAGCCAUAAGUAAUUUUAUUGCUCAUUUAUACUUUUAUAUAUCAGAAACAGCAUGAUACAUAAUGGUGUAUAUGUUACAUUUUCUUCCUCCCUCUAUUUUUUUUUAAUAUAGUCCAUUCAUAUCUAUUAGUCAUUGCAUUAAAAGUAGUAUGACGUAAAUAAUACUUUUUGAAGACUAGUGGCAUAAAUUGGGAUUCAUUUCACAAAUUUUUUGAUGUAAUUCUGAUGACAUAUGCAUUAUUUUACAUGUUUAAAGCUUUUGUGAUAGUGUCAGUACACAUUCAAGAGAUGUUGUGGUUAGGCUUUUAAGAAUAUGUGUUGUGCAUAGAUAUCUAAGAUGUAGAUCAUAUUUCUCCGCUUGCCUCAUACUUUGUUGGUUGUUUGAAUUCUCCUUGAUGUUUUGCAGAACUUUGGCACAAGUGGGUGCAUUUCUAUUGUCAAAAUAUUGUAACAUUAACAUAAAAAAGGUAACUACUUUUUGAAGGAGUGGCUCAUGUGUGUUAAGAAAAAGUUCAAUUGUUGCUGCAGCAGUGAGGUGUUUUAAGUGCUAACCUUUCAACCAUGAAAAUUCCUUUUUGUUCCCAGAUACAUUUAAAUUUAAAUUUUUACAGUGGAAUGAAAAUCUUUGCAGAAAAUAAAUAAAUACAUAAAUGUAUAUUAUGCAGUGGGGUAUGCUACAACAAAAGUAAUUGGUUUUAAAGUUCCAUUUGUUAUAGCAUUCAUUUGUAGCAUACAUUGAAAUGCAUGCAUUUAUUGGUGAUCUGCUCCAGGCCCACAGGCCAGGGCCAAAGUUGCUUCCCUGUGUAAUGGCCCGAGAUGUGUAUCAAAACUCCAAAGGUACCUCCCCAUCAGGGGCGCCUUCUCGCUGUGGUAUCCCUCCCACGGGGGUUUUCAGAUAAUCAGAAAACAAUAAUGUUAGUUGUUUGUUACUUCUAAAAAAUGGAGCAAAACGUUUUGAAAAAAUGGUGUACAUACAAUACAAUAUAUGUACAGUAAUAUACAAUUUCAUUGUGCAACAAGGUGUCACAUUUUUUUUUGUGCCACAUGCUCAUCAAUACCACAUGAAUGAUUAAUUACAAUACAUUAACCCUAUACUAUGCCCAUUACCAUUUGGUUGUUUCAAACGAUGUCUUUCAUAGUCACUAUAACUAUCAUCAGGGAGAGUAUAUGAAUCUGAAUCAAAUGAAUCCAGUAAAUCAAGAAAAAAAUUGUCUUGCCCCGACUUCUCCACAGCAGUGGCCAAUCUUGAAUCAUUCUCCAUAACACUGUGAGGUACUGAGAAAUCUGUGUAGAAUAUUGAGAAGCAAAUGAACAGCAGAGAUGGCAACAAUGAAUAUCAUCCAAUAGAAUUUGUUUUUGCCAUCACCAGAUGGGUGUGGGCAAUUCAAAAAUUAAUUCAUUCAUUCAUCUGACGGCUGCUCCUAGGAGCUCCCACCAGGGGAUGGCCACGGCAGAAGAGCUUCCAUCUUUCUCUAUCCAGACACUCCCUCCUUUCCUGCUCAAAGUUUCUCAAGGAUCUUUCACCCUGCUCCCUGACACUCCUGCACCCUAUCUCUCCAUUUCUCUGGAGGUCGUCCUCAAACAUUCCCUCCCUCUGUCUCACUCACAUACACCCUCCUGAUCAUCUUACUCUCCUCCAUUCGCUCCAUGUGGUCAAACCACUUUAAAGUCUGUCGCUUCACAAACACCAUCAAACACCUCAUCACAUCUAUGUGACACCUGUUGUCAGUGGAAAAAUGCUUGGUGGCAUGUAUAUGUGAUGUGCAAAGUGAAAGGGUUAAGCCAUUGGCUUGACACUAGAAUGUUUGGCUCCCAUCUCGGGGGCUUGGGUUUGAAUCCUGAGUGGGCUUUAGGGCAGAAGAUUUUCCCCAAGCAGAUUAAUUUCUCAUUUACCUCGAGAAGUGGAAAUCUCCCCCCCAACACAAAUCAGCACGGUAAAGAUUGGUUUUAUUAAUGUGCCUGUAUCUUGUUUCAUACCUAACAAACUGCUGUUGUGUUAAUAUGUUUUCUACUAACCUUGGAACCUUUUGGAAAACCAUAGGAAACAGCAUAGAGAUAAAAAAGUUAAAGUAUCAAAGAAAGUGCAAAUCCGCUCGGCUGUGAGUUGGUAUAUCCCAAAGCGUCCUGUGGCUUGCCACAGCUAAAAUACAAUAGGAAUGUUCUUGCUUUUAACUACAAGGAAGCUUUGCCCCCUCGACCCUCCUUUGGGACAUGUAGAUCUAAUACAUUUUUUCCACUUUCUAAGUUGAAAAUUUUUCUCAAUUUUAAGAUAAUUAGUUUUCUCACUGUUGUGCUGGCUCAUGGCCUUAGGUUUAUUGCACAAUACUUGCUAGAAAAACGAGUAGUUUCACUGUUAAUUAAAGGCAAAAAUAAUCAGAUAUGUAACUGCAUCUCUGAACCUGUGAAGUAUGUGAAAACAUGAAACUGGCGCAUCGUGGGUUUAGGGCAUCUCACAGCUGAUACUCUGCACUUGCUGAAGCAUUUUAAUGUUAUCUAUAAGAACCGUAUGCUAUAGAGUAAUUUAUAAUUACACCCAUUCAUUGUUGCAUACCCCUCUGUAUAUAUAAACAUGUGCCAGAACUUCUCUCAUGAAGUUGAAGUUGAUUUAUCAACACAGGUGUUUUUAAGUGCAUGAAGCACUGUUCAAACAGUAACUUCUGCAUUUCUUUAUUGACCGUAAUGGUCAUGUUAAUGCUGUUUUCUGUUGUGAAUUUGUACCUUUGAAGAUAUGUUUUUAAAAAAAUCAAAAAAACACUCAGUUGUAGGCAAAUGGAAAUAUGUUUAAGGAUUGAGUCUGGGCAGUCAAAAUUUUUAUCAUCUUUCUUUAAUAUUUUUUCAUUAAACAUCCAUCUUUUAUUAGAUAAUGUAGGUUUGAAAAAUAAUUUAUUGCUGGAUUCAUCCAAUCAAAUUUUACUCACGUUGAUCCAAUGUUUUCUUAUGUGUCAGAAAAUACACAAGGCUAUCUGUUUUAAGUUUGGGUGUUGAUGGUAUCUCUCACUCAUAUGAAAUGAAAGUUUAUAUUGAUGAAGAAAAAUUAUUGCAUAUAAUUUUGGGUUGCAUAAUUACAAAAGAAUAGCUUAUGACUCAUAUUAGGCUAGUUAGGUCAUAAAUAGUUUUGUUGGCCAGUAAAAUAAUAUAAUUCCCUUCAUAAAUAAUAGUUGAGCUUGCUUAGUUGGACUGAGUAUGAAUAUAGUCAUUAACUCUUAAUAGAAUCUAGUGUUCCUGGUUGCAAAUUUUUCCAACUGGGCUACUUGCAGGUCCUAUUUUUGUAUUAGUUCACUGAAUAUAUUUGCAAUUCCUGAUUGCUUUUGACAUGCUGCUUCUGCAAGCCCAUAAUUGCAACACAGAACCUGGAGCUGAAACACCUGCAUUUUAGAAAAGUGAAGACAGUAUCCCUUAAUCUAAGAGUUUUUUUGUAGUGAAUGAAAACUUCAAGGAGAUUUUGUAAAGACAUUUGAAAUCAUGAUGAAAAGGUCAAGCCUUUGAAGUAAGAAAGUUUAUAUCAUUCUAAAUUCUUAGAAUAUCAUGAAGCAUGUAUUAUAAGUCACUGAAGUGCCUGUAUUGGUUUGGAGAUGUUUACUAUUUUAAUGGACAUUUUAUCAAUUAAGUUGCUUUGUGUUAUGCUUCAUGACAGAAAAGAUUUUGGAAUUACAGUCUCUAUUAGGAAAUUUUAGCUCAAACUUUUCUUUAGAGUCCACGGUUUUAUUUUUAUACCCUGUUCUUUCUCCAAUCCUGUUAUAUGCUGUGUUCCUGUGUUGUGAAGACUCCCCAAUGUAUUAGUACCCUUCAGGACACCAACUUUUGUGUGUGUGUGUGUGUGUGUGUGUGUGUGUGUGUGUGUGUGUGUGUGUGUGCAUGAAUGUAUGUUCAUGUGGAUAUGUGUGUGCAUGCACAUGUUUGUGUUUUGCCACUUGAAGCUUUACCAGAUGAGUAGUAUUUGCUUUAUCUUAAAAAUAUUGAUUUUAAUUUUCAGGUACAUGCUUGCUUCUGGUGUUGAAAUUGCUCAUAAUUGCUCAUACUCUAGUAUUGCAGUCUGCAUGAUGUAAAAUAGUCUUAAUUGUGUAACUAGAAACAUUAUCCUGAAACUUUCCACUUUACAAUCAAUCAAAACAUUUAAAUUAAAUAAGAUGGAUAAUUUAUUUUAUUAUCUAACCAGUAUUCCAUUGCUCUUACUUCUUUGAGCAUUUCACCCUGAAAAUAUAAAGCACCUGGACUUAAGGCCACGUGCUUUAGAUGGCUACAUUACAUAUGCAUUGCAAAGUAUAUCAAUGUGUCCAGUCUGAAAUUCUGAGAAGAUACUUGUACUGCAUUUAAGUCAGUGUAUGUCUGCAGUUUAGUUUUUUUUUCAUUUUUUUUUCAACAUUUUCAAUUGUCUUUGUUAGAAUUAAAUUUUAUGAAUAUUGUCACAAAAAGCACAAAUAAUUUGUUAUGUGAAAGGAAUGUAACAUUUGAUUCACCAGGUGCAUAAACAUUGUACAAAUUAAGUUCCAGUAACACCUCUGCCCUCCCCUGCCCCCUGUACCCCUGUUUGUUGCUGUCUUCCAGUGGUGGUGUUGAGGUGCAAUGUUUACACUACUGUGAGUUUUAUGAAAACUAAUUUUAUAUCUUUUACAUGAUUGAGUUUUGAAGGGAACUGGAGGCAAUAUGAGAAAGUUAGAAAUUAUGAAUCAAUGGUGUGUAAGAGAUUGUAGGGCAAAGUGACAUAUCAGCACUUGAAAGUGCAGCAGUGCAUCUAUGGAAAGUAAACCAAUGUGUAGGAGAAAAGGUGUCUCAGUAUAGAGUAAUUAUGGCUAUGAUGUAUGGAGAAUACUUUUGUGUGAUGUGAUUUGUAGCUGUAACAUGUCAUGUGUACUAAAAAUAGUACUAGGCAGUACUAAUAACUGUGAAGUAUUAGGAAAAUAUAUAUGCUAAUUUUAUCAAUAAACAUGGUACAGUAGCAAAUCUUGAGGAAUGGAUUUUUUUGUAAAUAAAAUGGUCAUGUACAGUAUAGGAAUUAUGUAAAUUACAUUUAAUACACUCAAGAAAAUAAAUGUGCCAUUAUGGGAUAA